GUCGCACAGCUAGAGCAUCUUCCAACAUGGCGUCGGUAUCUUCAGGAUUCCCUUUCAACCUGCCGAUUGCAUCUCUAUUGGUGAUCCUGCUAAUAUGUCUGCAUUCGGGGGGAGGCCAGAAGAAGAAAGAGAACAUGCUGGCCGAGAAGGUGGAGCAGAUGAUGGAGUGGAGCUCCCGGCGCUCCGUGAUCCGGAUGAACGGCGAUAAGUUCCGCCGUUUCGUCAAGGCCCCGCCCAGGAACUAUUCCGUCAUGGUGAUGUUCACCGCUCUGCAGCCUCAGAGGCAGUGCUCAGUGUGCAGACAAGCUAAUGAGGAGUACCAGGUGCUGGCUAACUCCUGGCGCUACUCCUCGGCUUUCUCUAACAAACUCUUCUUCACCGUGGUGGACUAUGACGAGGGGGCGGAUGUCUUUCAGCAGUUGAAUAUGAACUCGGCACCUACCUUCAUGCACUUCCCAGCCAAGGGAAAACCUAAGAGGGCGGACACCUUUGACCUCCAGCGUAUUGGCUUUGCCUCAGAGCAGCUGGCCAAGUGGAUCGCUGACCGCACCGAUGUACAGAUCCGAGUGUUCCGUCCCCCCAACUACUCGGGCACCAUAGCCUUGGCCCUGCUGGUGUCUCUGGUCGGAGGGCUGCUCUACCUCCGAAGGAACAACCUGGAGUUCAUCUACAACAAGACCGGCUGGGCCAUGGCCGCACUGUGUGUGGUGUUUGCGAUGACAUCGGGCCAGAUGUGGAACCACAUCCGCGGUCCGCCCUACGCGCACAAGAACCCACAGAACGGACAAGUGAGUUACAUCCACGGGAGCAGUCAGGCCCAGUUCGUAGCGGAGUCCCACAUUAUCCUGUUGCUGAAUGCUGCCAUCACUAUGGGGAUGGUCCUACUCAACGAGGCGGCGACGUCCAAAGGCGAUGUGGGCAAGAGGCGAAUCAUAUGCCUCGUCGGACUGGGCCUGGUGGUGUUCUUCUUCAGCUUCCUGCUGUCCAUCUUCAGAUCCAAGUACCAUGGUUAUCCCUACAGCUUCCUUAUUAAAUGAGGCGGGGCGUCGUCUCCGGAGCGCAGGGUGAAGAGGCCACUUGACGCGGGUAGCAGCGAAGGCCUGCGUGAACGGGGGAUGGUGUGCAUGGGGGGUGUUUCUUUUCAACCGCUGUACUCAAUCUACUCCAUAUGGAGGGGAAUAAAUCAUACUGUGACACAC